UCUUUAUUACACAUGAAAGGUGAAAAUUAACUUUUAAAAGCCAUAUGACAAAUUGCUUUGGUAUCUUUUCUUUUUCCAACCCCAAAGCAAUUCGACACGCUUUUCUUUUCAGCGCUGUUUUAUAUAUCAUCAACCCAAGCUCGCUUUUGAGAUCUUCACUUCCUUUAAUCCUUGGCUAAAACCCAAUCUGAACAUCCCCAUCUCCAAAUAUGGCACUAAGCCAUAAUGUUAUUGGCAUGAUCAACUUCAUAGCGACACUUCUAUCAAUUCCAAUCAUUGGCGCCGGAAUUUGGCUGACAACAGUACCUGAUAAUUCUUGUGUGAAGAUUCUUCAGUGGCCUGUUGUAAUUAUUGGGAUUUUGAUCUUAGUUGUAGGAAUUGCAGGGUUCGUAGGAGGAUUCUGGAGAAUUCCAUGGUUACUUCUUUUCUACUUGGUGGUCAUGCUAGUUCUCAUAAUACUACUAGGUUGUAUGGUUGUAUUCAUUUAUAUGGUUACUCUUAAAGGGGCUGGUCACCUUGCUCCUAGUAGAUCUUACUUGGAAUAUCGUCUCGACGAUUACUCCGGAUGGUUACGUCGAAGAGUCCAAGUUUCUUACAAAUGGGACCAAAUUCGAGCUUGUCUCAGCACCACAAGCAUGUGCCCGGAACUGAAUCAAAGUUACCAUUUCGCUCAAGAUUUCUUCAAUGCACGCAUCACUCCGUUACAGUCUGGCUGUUGCAAGCCUCCAACGCAAUGUGGAUUCACGUUCGUAAACCCGACGUAUUGGAUUAGUCCGAUAAACACAGCGGCAGACAUGGAUUGCUUACUCUGGAAUAACGAGCAAACGCAACUUUGUUAUGGAUGUGACUCAUGCAAAGCCGGAUUACUUGCCAAUAUUAAGAGUGAAUGGAGAAGAGUAGAUCUCAUUUUGUUGAUCACUUUGAUUGCUCUAAUCUGUGUUUACUUAGUAGGUUGUUGUGCAUUUAGAAAUGCCAAAACAGAAGAUCUGUUUCGCAAGUACAAACAAGGUUAUACUUAGGAAACAAAAGACUGUUCGAUCUGAUUUGUGAUGAGGAGAAAAAAAUUGUUUGCCUUGGGGCUUCGGGUGUGCAAAAGGUUCUAGUACUUUUGUUAAACCAAUUGUUAAUUUUGAUCCGUUUUUGUGCGUGGGGUUUGAUUGAUUAGAAACCACAAUCAGAAUUUUGUCUAAAGGGCAUACGCAAUUAGCGGAA